GCUGGACCAGACGCGUCGCCCGCUGGUGACUCAGACAUUGCGCCGGAAGUACGAGCCGCGGGCUCCAAAGACCUGUCAUGGCGGCCGCUGUAGCGCGUUGGAACCACGUGUGGGUUGGCACUGAAACAGGGAUCCUGAAAGGGGUGAACCUUCAGCGCAAACAGGCGGCGAACUUCACCCGCACAGGACAGCCUCGGCGCGAGGAGGCGGUGAGCGCCCUGUGCUGGGGCUCGAACGGCGAGACGCAGAUAUUGGUGGGCUGCGCGGACCGGACGGUGAGGCACUUCAGCACAGAGGAGGGCAGAUUCCAUGGCCAGAGGCACUGUCCUGGCGGCGAGGGCACCUUUCGAGGCCUCGCCCAGGCCGACGGCAACCUGAUCACGUGUGUGGAUUCUGGGAUUCUCCGAGUCUGGCGUGACGAUGACAAGGAGCCAUCCUCUGACCCACUUCUGGAGCUGAGGGUGGGCCCCGGAGUGUGUAAGAUGCGCCAGGACCCAGCACACCCCCACACGGUUGCCACUGGCGGAAAGGAGAAUGCUCUGAAGGUGUGGGAUCUGCAGGGGUCUGAGGAGCCUGUGUUCAGAGCCAAGAAUGUGCGGAAUGACUGGCUCGACCUGCGGGUUCCCAUUUGGGAGCAGGACAUACACUUCCUCCCUGAGUCCCAGAAGCUUGUUACCUGCACAGGGUACCACCAGGUCCGUGUCUACGAUCCAGCCUCCCCCCAGCGCCGGCCAGUCCUGGAGGCCACUUAUGGAGAAUACCCACUGACAGCCAUGACCCUCACUCCUGGGAGCACGUCAGUGAUUGUGGGGAACACGCAUGGGCAGCUGGCAGAAAUUGACCUCCGGCAAGGGCGCCUCCUGGGCUGUCUGAAGGGGCUGGCAGGCAGUGUCCGGGCAUUGCAGUGCCACCCUUCAAAGCCCCUAUUAGCCUCCUGUGGCCUGGACAGGGUCUUGAGGGUACACAGGAUCCGGAACCCACGGGGCCUGGAGCAUAAGGUUUAUCUCAAGUCUCGGCUGAACUGCCUCCUUCUGUCAGGCAGGGAUAACUGGGAGGAUGAGCCUGAAGAGCUUCAAGAGCCCAACAAGGUGUCCGCAGAAGACACAGAGACGGAUGAACUUUGGGCUUCCUUGGAGGCAGCUGCCAAGCGGAAGCUUCCUGACUUGGAGCAGGGCCCAGGUGCCCUCCAAACCAGGCACAGAAAGAAGAAGCGGCCUGGGUCCACCAGCCCCUAAAGACCCUGUACCCACAUUGUAAAUAAACAUCCCAGCACCCA